AUGCCGGCCGUCCCGUGGAGGAACUGGGAACAGAAAUUCGAACUUUAUCUGUUGGCCAGGUGCGGCACGAGCCCCCUGCCCCCCGAGCAGCGGCGCGCUCUGCUUCUGUGCGCGAUCGGUGACGAGGCGUACCGGGUGUUCGACACCCUGCCGCCGGUUGCGAAACGUGACGGCGAGGACGACUACGACGUCACCCUCCGCCAGCUCCGGGAGUUCUACACUCCCAGGACCAACGUCAUCGUGGAACGAUUCCGGUUCCGACAGCGAGCCCAGGCCCCCACAGAGUCCACAGCAGACUUCGUUGCUGCUCUGCGCGGCCUGGCUCGCACCUGCCAGUUCGGCCCCAUGGAGUCGGAACUCAUCCGGGACGUGGUGGUGGAGAAGACCCCCCACCAGCGCCUGAGGGAGCGACUCCUUCAGGACAGGGACCUCACUCUGGACAAGGUCCUGAGCGUCGCAGGGACAUACGAGGACUCCCUGCGGGAGGCUGCAGCCAUCUCCCAACCAGUUGCAGCCCCACCCGUCUCAUCCGUGGCAAAAGUUACGAGGAAGCCACAACAGAAGCGACAGCAGCAGCAGCAGCAGAGCGUCAGCAGCGACUUCUGCACCAACUGUGGACGUGAGGACCACGCACCCAGGGAUGCUGCCUGUCCAGCCCGCAGAGUGACCUGCCACUCCCGCGGAAAGAAGGGCCACUUCGCCAGCUGGUGCAGAGGCGGCAGUGGAACAACCCCAGCAAGGCCAGCUCAACGACAGCACCACAAGGCAGUGAAGGAGCUGAACGUGCUCUCCUGUGCUGCCACCACUGGGUCACGCCUCACCUGUACCGUCCAGGUGACUGCAGGUGACGUCACACAGGAGGUACCCCUCCAGGUGGACACGGGUGCCACCUGCUCACUCCUGAGUGUGAACCAUGCCAAGGAGCUGUUCAGAGGCGUGGCGUUCAGCCCCUCCAGCUCACGGCUCUACGGAUUCGGCCAGCAGCCACUCUCAGUCCUGGGAACGCUGCCUACCACGGUGACCUACAACAAUCAGGCUGUGCCAACAAACUUCUACCUGGUGGACACCAAGAAGACGGAGGCCAUCAUGGGUAUGGACCUGCUGCAGGCCCUGGGAGUCACCCUCCACCCAGCCUCGCACAGCGUCUACACGGUGGCAGGCUCAGCCCCGUCAGAGCUACCUGCCAUCGAGGGCUACGUGCACCGCAUCAAGCUGAAGCCGGACGCAGUACCAACUGCCUACAAGCUGCGCCGGCUGCCCCUCUCCGUGCGAGGGGAGGUCUCAGCAGAGCUGAACAGUCUGUUGGAAGCAGGCAUCAUCGAGAGGAUCGACUCCUCUCAGUGGAUCAGCCCGCUGACCGUCUCAAGGAAGAAGGACGGCAGGAUCAGGGUCUGUGUAGACCUGCGUGGGCCGAACAGCCAAAUCGUGCCAGAGGUCCACCCACUGCCCACAAUCGACGAGCUGGAGUCCAAGCUCUGUGGCACCCUCUACAGCAGGAUCGACUUGAAGUCGGCCUACCACCAGCUGCGUCUGCACGAGGACUCGCGUGACAUCACCGCCUUCCUCACGCCAGACGGCCUGAUGCGCUACACCAGGGUCCCGUUCGGCCUGGUGUCUAGCGGCAGCGCGUUCCAGAAGCUGCUCAGUCAUCUACUGCAGGGUAUCGACGGCUAUGGACACUAUCUGGAUGACAUCCUGGUCACUGGCCGUGAUCAGUCCGAGCACGACAGGCGCCUCCGCACCGUGCUGGACCGCCUCAAGCAGGCAAAUGUCACCAUCAACACAGAGAAGUCCUCCUUCAGCCAGCCAGAGGUGGAGUUCUGCGGUCAUCAGCUCUCCAGGUUCGUGCCGCAGUACUCCGCUGUGGUGAGACCCCUCGCCAUCAUGCUGAAGAAGGAAGCCACGUUCCAGUGGACCAAGGAGGCCAACGACGCCUUCAACGAGGUGAAACGGCUCAUCUCAACCAGGCCGGUGAUGAAGCCCUUCAGCGCCCGCCUCCGGACGAUCGUGACGACCGACGCCAGCGACCGCGGCGCCGGUGCCAUGCUCACUCAGAUCCAGCCGGACGGCGAGGAGCGGCCGGUGGCGUACUGGUCCCGCUCCUUCACCGACGCCGAGUCGCGGUACUCCGUCUCCGAGAAGGAAGCCCUCAGCGCGGUCAAUGCUGUCGAGCAUUGGCGGACGUACCUGUGGGGCCGUUCAUUCACCCUGCGGACGGACCACUCUGCGCUCACCACUCUGCUCACGCCGAAGACGUCCAACCGCGCCGGCACGCGCAUCGCCAGGUGGCAGUCCCGCCUGCUGCCGUACUCGUACACAGUGGAGUACCGGCCCGGGCGCAGCAUCCCAGUGGCUGACGCCCUGUCGCGCCUGCCGCUGCCGGACACCGGCGCCGCCGAGACGGACGGCGACGAGAUCGUCGCCCUGCUCACCGAUGACGUCAGUGACGUCAUCACUGAUGACGACGUAUGUGCCGCGUCGGCCGCCGAUCCAGUCAUGGAGCAGCUGCGGUCUGUCAUCCGCACCGGCUGGCCCGACGCCGCGCGCCAGUGCACGCCGGAGACGCGCGACUACUUCGCCGUGCGGCACGAGCUGCAAGUCCGCCAGGACGGAGUCGUGCUGCGCGGCCCGGACCGCGCCGUCGUCCCGGCCGCGCUCCGCUCAAAGUACCUCCAACUGGCGCACCGAGCGCACGAUGGUGUCGUGCGAACAAAGCAGCUCCUGCGCGACCUCGCCUGGUGGCCUGGAAUGUCGAAGGACGCCGCUGCACUGGUCGCCGACUGCCCGUCCUGCCACGCAAAGGACGCCGUGCUGACGCAGCAGGCGCGCCCCGCGCCGCUGCAACCGGUCGAGCUUCCAGACCGGCUCUGGUCUAAGCUCGGACUGGACAUCGUGGGCCCGAUCCCCGGCGCCCCACCGUCUGCAAAGUACGCCAUUACUAUGACGGAUUACCAUAGUAAGUGGCCAGAGGUCGCUCUGACGUCAUCCAUCGAGACUGAUGACGUCAUCCAGUUCCUGAGCCAGGCCUGGUCCAGAGAGGGACUGUGUGACGAGCUGGUGACCGACAACGGACCCCAGUUCACCAGCGACAGGUUCCGACAGUAUCUGGCCCAGCGCGGUAUCAGACACCACACGUCUGCCGUCUACUGGCCGCGCGGAAACGGAGCAGUGGAGCGGCUCAACCGAGAGGUGAAGGUGUGGCUCAAGGAGGCCACACAGCUGCAGUCGCGGACGGCCGCCAGCUUCAGCGGACACGUGCGACAGCGCCUCGCUCUGUACCGAGCGACCCCGCACUGCACCACCGGCCAGUCACCCUCGGCGCUCCUGCACGGCCGGCGCAUGCGUCUGCACCUGCCGGUCACCACAGAGACUCCGCCGCGCGACAGCUCGCUACAGCACCGAGUCGCUACCCAGCAGCAGCGCAACAGCCGCGGGUACGACUCCCGACAGGCCACCCGGCCGUCAGAUCUCCAGCCUGGCGACACGGUGCGCGUGCGGCGACAGGGGCACGUGCCCAAGAACCAGAGUCGGUUCUCCAGCCCGCGCCGAAUCGCCAGACAGCUCGGCCCGGCGACCUUCAUCCUGUCCGACGGGACAAAGAGGAACGCUGCACACCUCGCCCGCAUCCCAGACGCGGCGCCGACCGGCUCAGCACCUCCGAGCACCGACGGGCCGGAACCGCCGCCGCCGCCGCCGCCGGCCGACCCGGCUCCUCCGAGCUCCGGCGAGCCCCAGCCGCCAUCGCCGCAGCCGACAGCGUCCACCGCGCCACCUACAGCGCCGACAGAGAGAGCCCGCCCGUCAGAUGUCGCUGACGUCGCGCUGCCGGCCGCCACCGGCGCUGCUCGUGACCGGUCCCCCGGUGGGCCGCGCCCGCCUCAGAGGGCGCCCGUCGGCGGCACCCCGCGCCGUGAGUUGCCGGCCUCCUCCCGAGGACGCCGCCGAUUCUUGCCGCGCCGAUUUACGUGA